AUGUCUCCCGGUUAUUGGGAAGACACAGCAGCAUCCAUCAGAGUAAACCUGCAGGAGACGCUGCAUGUGCUUCUGAGGCGGGUUCUGGGCUCCGGUGUGGAUGCCUUCGUUGGGGGCCCUUAUGCUGCCGACCCCAGAGCCCUCCACGCUCCACUCACAGGUUCUCACCCAGAGGCCAUUUCCCCCGGUGCCUGCAGAGGACCAGAAUUCCCCCAGUGCCUGCAGAGGACCAGAAUCGUUGGGCUUGUAGAGCAGGUCACUCGGGCGUCACUCACAAGGCUUCAUCACAUGCAUCCCAUGAGCGUGGAUGACGCCAGGGACAACCUUCUGAGGGUUCCAGAGACGCAUUUUUGCUCCUUUGGAAAAAACACAAAUUCGGGGGAACAUUCUUCUGGUGUAUUUUUCCCACCCGUUACACAGUUCUGGUUCAGGACCAUGGCGACCUGGGCACAGGACUCCUCCAUCCUCCAUCUGCACCAUGGCAAAGCCAUCUCACGGAUUGAGAUCAAAGACAGGACCCUGGCAACUCCCUCUGUGGAGCAGCUACCUGACCCCUGCGGGGACCACAGUCCUGACCCGGAUGCCAAUUGGCACUGCCCAGUUCUGAAUUCCAUGCAAACUAAAUCCCUGCUCCAUCAUUGCCUGUCCCGGGUCGCUGCGCAGGACAUUUUCUCCAAGCGCCUUCCCGGCCCCGCCCGCAGCUGGUCUGCGCGGGACGAUCCCGGACAACGCGCAUUUCCUGCGCCCGAAACGGCAGUAACGCCAGGCCCCGCCCCCGACAGAGGCGGAAGCGGAGCCGCCCUGAGAGGUCUCCCGUUGCCGCAGGCGCCUCAGCCCAGCCGCGCGCCUCGGCCCUUGGCCACAUACUCCUACCGCCCUGGCCCCGGGCGGGGCGCUGCCAGAACAGAGCUUCCUGUGGAACGUCUUCCAGAGGUGCCGGCUGGCACUGCCCUGGCACCCCCCGCCUCCGCUUCAGCCGCCCCUGACCCCUGCCCCGACCCCCGCGGCCACCCCCAUCCCCUGCCAGGUCCCUCGCAGUCUCCCCCGUCCCCUGCCCGGUCUCCUGUGGCCGUCCCUGCCUCCUGCCCGGUCCCUGUCCUGUGCGUCGGGCCCUUCCUAAGGUGCAGAGUGCAGCCACUGCAGACCGAUGUCGUGGCCACCGGCUCCUGGGCUAGGCCCUUUUUCUCGCCUCAGGAGCCGCCAGGGGGAGGGUCUCCAGGGUGCUUGUUUGGGGAAAGCGGAAACAGACCGCCUGGGCCGCUGUUAAAAUGUCAGCAGCCAAGGAAGAAGCAGCGACCUGGCGUCUGGUUGGGCCAACAAGCUGCCUCCGAUGGUGAGUGGGCCAGUGGGACCUGGGCCUCCAGACCGAGAAGCCGCGAGCCUGCCCUGCUCACAGAGAUAUUUGGCUAUCGGACUCAAGGCUGCCGGAAAAGUCUCUGCCUUGCCGGAUCCAUCUUCUCAUUUGGAAUCCUCCCGUUGGUGUUUUACUGGAGACCAGCGUGGCACGUAUGGGCACAUUGUGUCCCAUGUUCCUUGCAAGAAGCAGACACUGUGUUGCUGAGGACAACAGAUGAAUUCCAAAUUUACUCUUGGAAAAAGGUAAUAUGGAUCUACCUGUCAGCAUUAAACAGCGCAUUUGGUCUCACUCCUGACCACCCUCUCAUUACAGAUGAGGACUAUAUCAUAAAUAGAGCCAUAAGAAAGCCAGACCUAAAGGUGAGAUGCAUAAAAGUGCAGAAAAUAAGAUAUGUUUGGAACUACUUAGAAGGACAGUUCCAGAAAAUUGGCUCUUUGGAAGACUGGCUCAGUUCUGCCAAGAUACAUCAAAAAUUUGGAUCAGGCUUGACAAGAGAAGAACAGGAGAUUAGGAGGUUAAUAUGUGGGCCUAAUACUAUUGAUGUUGAAGUUACACCAAUUUGGAAACUGCUCAUCAAGGAGGUUCUAAAUCCAUUUUAUAUAUUUCAACUCUUCAGUGUCUAUCUGUGGUUUAGUGAAGACUAUAAGGAAUAUGCUUUUGCCAUCAUAAUCAUGUCUAUAAUUUCCAUAUCUUUGACAGUAUAUGAUCUCAGAGAGCAAUCUGUAAAACUCCACCAUCUCGUCGAGUCACAUAAUAGCAUUACGGUCUCUGUAUGUGGGAGAAAAGCUGGAGUUCAAGAGCUGGAAUCACGCGUCCUGGUGCCUGGAGAUUUAUUAAUUUUGACGGGGAACAAAGUGCUAAUGCCGUGUGAUGCCGUUCUGAUUGAAGGCAGCUGUGUGGUGGAUGAAGGCAUGCUGACAGGAGAAAGUAUUCCAGUCACCAAAACUCCGUUACCCAAGAUGGAUAGCUCUCUGCCCUGGAAAACACAGAGUGAAGCGGAUUACAAACGGCAUGUCCUCUUCUGUGGAACAGAGGUUAUCCAGGCCAAGGCAGCUCGCUCUGGGACCGUGAGAGCCGUGGUACUGCAGACUGGAUUCAACACUGCAAAGGGAGACCUUGUGAGGUCCAUUCUCUACCCCAAGCCAAUGAAUUUUAAGUUGUACAGGGAUGCCAUCAGGUUCCUCCUAUGCCUUGUAGGAACAGCCACCAUUGGGAUGAUCUAUACUCUGUGUGUCUACGUGCUUAGCGGGGAACCUCCAGGGGAGGUGGUGAGGAAAGCCCUUGACGUCAUCACAAUUGCGGUUCCUCCUGCUCUACCUGCUGCUCUGACCACAGGCAUUAUUUAUGCCCAGAGGAGGCUGAAGAAGAGAGGCAUCUUCUGCAUUAGUCCCCAGAGGAUCAAUGUAUGUGGACAGUUAAACCUCGUCUGCUUUGACAAGACAGGCACCUUAACAAGGGAUGGCUUGGACCUCUGGGGAGUCGUGUCCUGUGAUAGGAAUGGCUUUCAGGAAGUUCACAGCUUUGCCUCGGGCCAGGCUUUGCCAUGGGGCCCACUGUAUGCGGCGAUGGCCAGCUGCCACUCUCUGAUCCUUCUUGAUGGGACCAUCCAGGGAGACCCUCUGGACCUCAAAAUGUUUGAAGCCACCACCUGGGAAAUGGCUUUUUCUGGGGACGAUUUCCACAUCAAGGGAGUGCCAGCACAUGCCAUGGUAGUUAAGCCCUGCAGAACAGCCAGCCAGGUCCCAGUGGAAGGAAUCGCCAUCCUGCAUCAGUUCCCAUUCUCAUCGGCACUGCAGAGAAUGACAGUCAUUGUCCAAGAGAUGGGAGGUGACCGACUGGCAUUCAUGAAAGGUGCACCAGAGAGGGUGGCCAGCUUUUGCCAACCUGAGACAGUACCCACUAGUUUUGUUAGCGAACUUCAGAUUUACACAACCCAGGGCUUUCGAGUCAUAGCACUGGCCUACAAGAAGCUGGAAAAUGACCACCACACUGCUACCUUGACGAGGGAGACAGUAGAAUCAGACCUGAUAUUUCUGGGGCUGCUGAUCUUGGAGAACCGAUUGAAGGAAGAGACAAAACCUGUCUUGGAAGAGCUCAUCUCAGCCCGGAUAAGGACUGUGAUGAUCACAGGUGACAAUCUUCAGACUGCAAUAACAGUGGCCAGAAAAUCUGGAAUGGUUUCUGAAAGCCAGAAGGUCAUUCUCAUUGAGGCAAAUGAAACCACCGGGUCCUCAUCAGCAUCUAUAUCUUGGACAUUAGUAGAAGAGAAGAAACACAUUACAUAUGGGAAUCAGGUACUCCUGAACACAGACCUUCUGCCACAUUAUCAAUGUAUCUCACAGUGUUGGUGACUGAGCAGGUUUGACUUAGAGUCAACAUAUGCUUCCAAAUGUCUAGCAUUCAUGCUUUUGAACGAACUCAAUUACAUUGGUUUUUCCAUACUUUUCAUAUGGAGAUUGAAGGUAUAGUGCUUUCCUGUGUGCUGGAAAUAAUCCAUCUUUUAACCUUAAAAAAGUGGUUGUCCCUAUAUGAGAAAGAAUAUAGUGAGUGGAGCUGAAUCCAUUUUCUCCCUUUCCCCUUGCUUGUCAAUCACCCCACUGGGUUCAAAGGGGAUCUAGUCUUUGGGAGAGAUGCUGCUCUGUGU